AUGGCUACGCAUGCGGAAAGGUUGGACUACCUUUUCAAUGCGCCGGAAGAGCAUCUGCGCGAUGCAGUGUAUGCUUUGUGCAAUAACGAUGAGGUGUCGUACUUUUACUUCUACUCAUACUUCCUCUCCACUCGCACCUCUACUUCUGGCCGCCCGCCUGCUCCGGCUCCGGUUCGCGCCGCCGCCCCUGCACCGAAGUCUAGGGUCAAACACGACUAUCUUGAGUGUGUACAGUGCGAGGCUAGCUUUUUUGUGUCAGAGCACCAAGCAAACGAGUGCCGAUAUCAUCCUGGCAAACUAGAAUGCGACUGGGAAGCGGGGGGAUGGGAGGACUGGGACUCAGAUGCGGGGGAUCCUCGUGAUGAUGAGAGGAAUAAGGAUCUGUACCUUGUUGGCUUCAAGUACACCUAUUGCGACAAAGAAGACGGCCGGUCAGGCUACAUGGAGGCUGCCGUUCUCAGAAAGAUGAAGCGGAAGAGGGCGCACUCAGAUUAUCAGGCACCUGAAUCCAACCGUUAUGUGAGAUAUAGGAGGUAG